AUGAGCAUCCCACUACCGGCAGUUGCAUCGUCUGUGAAGUCAAAGCUUCGCGCAGUGCUUCUGCCCCUUGCGGUGGCAGUCAUCGGUGCAGGUUGCUUGAGACGGCUUUACUGCCGCUGCGUUAUUCAUGUGCGUCCGAACUGUGUCACAAUUGUGUAUGAGACGCGCCGGAAGACCAUCUUGGCCACCUCCAUGGACAAGGAGCGGGGCGUGAAUGAGAGCUUGCUGCAGUACUACCACUUUCGUCCCCUCAUGUGUGUUAUUGGAUACUUCCUGUACAGCAGCAAAAGCCUGGUGGUCGUCCCCCCCUCUACUUUUUUUGGCGCCUUUACGUUACCGCGUGCUGUCAUUGAAGAGCACGGCGAAGGAAGGGCAGUGGAGUGCACCGUGGAAGCCAUCCAGGUGACGGACGGGUAUGUUCGCAUGACACUUACAGUGUGGUACUGUAUUCCCUUUGAGCAGCUAGAGCGGUACUUGGCGGCAGUGGGGCCAACGCCGCCAAACGAGCACAUUGCCAUAGUCACCGCUGCCGUCGUCAAGACUCGUGCCGCUGAGCUGUCGGUUGGUUUAAUAAUCAACAAGGCGAUGCGAGACGAUUCGUUCCUAAUUCCAUUCCGGGAACAUCUUGCGUCUAAAGUGAUGUCGAAAGCCUGUGUAAAGCUGAUAGAUGUUAUCGUUGAGAGUUCCGAAAUCUGCGAGCAGCCGGCAGGUGUUUAG